AUGGAUAAUGAAACACAUAGCUUGAAUGGAGAUGAUGUCCCUGUUUUUUACAAUGAGGGUAACAUUGAUGACACUGAAGAUCUCAUAUCUUUGAAUAGAAUACUAGUACUUCAAACUUGGCAAACAAUCAUGGAUUAUUGGCAACGACAAAGAAAGACUUGUGAGAUUACACUAAUAUGUUACAUUGUUCAUGCACCAUAUUUGUUAAAUUGUCUUCAACCUGCUAUUGAUGGACCACUAGGUCAACAUGAAAGUUACCGAGCAAGGAAAUGUCGAGAGUUUAUGGAUCGUCUAACCCUCCAAGAUACAUUCUGUCGUUCAACCUUGAGAAUGGGAUCACAUGCAUUUGCUGCAUUAUGUGAGAUGUUGAGGAAUACUGGGCCGUUCGUCAUCUACAAACGGAGCACUGUAGAGGAGCAAGUAGCAAAGUUUUUGCUAGGACACAUUGGUGGAAACUACACUUCCCUGUGUCUUCAUUACUAUCGUAGUAAUGAAACAGUUCAUCGUCAUUUUCACAAUGUCUUGCGAGCAGUCUUGAGCCUAGUCCCUCAACUCUUACAACAACCUGCAACCACCACUACUGUGGGAUCUAAAAUUCAUGAAAUCCUCGGUUUUAUCUUUAUUUUCAGGAUUGCCUUGGUUCUGUUGAUGGAUCACAUUUUCAUGUUAAGGUUCCACGUGAUGACCAACCAAGAUUUCUUGGUCGGAAAGAAUGGCCUACACAAAAUGUAA